AUGGCCGACACUGAACAGCAGCCCAAACUCGUUGACGAGUCUCCUAUCUCUCCUGUAGAGCGAAGAAACUCCCUGGAAGCUCACCUCAAGCACCGCCCCGAACGCUCCGAGCUCGUAGAUAAGAACAUCCUUCCAGCCUCUACGGCAGCGCCAGGCCUCCAGGCGCAUCAGAAGGAGCUCGAGAAGCACAUGCUCGAGGAUAAGCUUAACGACAAGAUCUCACACCGCCCAGACCCAGAGGAUCUCAUUAAGGAGGGCGUCUUACACGACGACCCGCGUACUGUUGCCCAGGACGAAGCGGCCAAAAAGUACGAAGAGGCUAUCGAGGAUGAGUAUGCCAAGCGUGAGGGUGGCGCUUGA